CGAGCACUGAACGUCCUGGUCGCAGCCGAGGCUCCGGUUUGGUUUGCCGUCCGGGUCGCCCCGGCCGCGCACCCGCAGCUCCCCGCGCAGCAGCCGCGCCGCGUCGGCGCCGUCCCCGGGCCCCCGUGCUCGGCGCGAAGCCCUGGCCCCGGGGCCGGGGCAUGGGCCAGGGGCGCGGGGUAAGGCAGCUUCCCGCACGGCCGUGAGUGCCCCCGCUUCAGCAUGAAGACCCUCAUAGCCGCCUACUCCGGGGUCCUGCGAGGUAAGGUUCGUUUGUAGUGAGGUGGUGAGCACCCUGUCAGUGGCGGUAUUGAAGGAGAGACCAUGGAUUCUAUGACGGGAAGGCCUGUAAUGGGCACUGGCUCCAGCAUCCUCUCCGCCCUCCAGGACCUCUUCUCCAUCACUUGGCUCAACAGGUCCCAGGUGGAAAAGCAGCUACAGGUCAUCUCGGUGCUGCAGUGGGUCCUGACCUUCCUCGUGAUGGAACCUUUGCCCGAGGGGAGACUGAGGCCACCCUUCCUGACCCGUGGCUGCCUGCCUCCCCCAGGAGUGUCCUGCAGUGCCAUCCUCCUGUACACGUUCUGCACUGAUUGCUGGCUCAUCGCCGUGCUCUACUUCACCUGGCUGCUGUUCGACUGGAACACACCCAAGAAAGGUGGCAGGAGGUCACAGUGGGUCCGAAACUGGGCUAUGUGGCGCUACUUUCGAGACUACUUUCCCAUCCAGCUGGUGAAGACGCACAACCUGCUCACCACCAGGAACUACAUCUUUGGCUACCACCCCCACGGCAUCAUGGGCCUCGGUGCCUUCUGCAACUUCAGCACAGAGGCCACGGAAGUGAGCAAGAAGUUCCCUGGCAUAAGGCCCUACCUGGCCACGCUGGCCGGCAACUUCCGGAUGCCAGUGCUGAGGGAGUACCUCAUGUCUGGAGGCAUCUGCCCUGUGAACCAGGACACAAUAGACUACUUGCUUUCAAAGAAUGGGAGUGGCAAUGCCAUCAUCAUCGUUGUGGGGGGCGCGGCCGAGUCCCUGAGCUCCAUGCCCGGCAAGAACGCGGUCACCCUGCGCCACCGCAAGGGCUUUGUGAAACUGGCCCUGCGCCAUGGAGCCGACCUGGUUCCUAUCUACUCCUUCGGGGAGAACGAGGUGUACAAGCAGGUGAUCUUUGAGGAGGGCUCCUGGGGCCGCUGGGUCCAGAAGAAGUUCCAGAAGUACAUCGGCUUCGCCCCGUGCAUUUUCCAUGGCCGAGGCCUCUUCUCCUCCGACACCUGGGGGCUCCUGCCCUACCCGAAGCCUAUCACCACCGUCGUGGGUGAGCCCAUCACCAUCCCCAAGCUGGAGCACCCAACCCAGCAGGACAUCGACCUGUACCACGCCAUGUACAUGGAGGCCCUGGUGAACCUCUUCGACAGGCACAAGACCAAGUUUGGCCUCCCGGAGACUGAGGUCCUCGAGGUGACCUGAGCCAGCCCUCAGGGACCAGGUCCUGUGAGCAACCAGCUGCAGAUUGUUUUCUACCAAGUUCUCCAGUGCUUUUUUUGUUCUGUAAAUUUCAAAGCGUCAUAGGUGUCUGUGGGUUAUUUAAAAGAAAUUAUAAUAAUUUUGUUAAACCAUUAUAAUGUUAGGUCUUUUUUAAGAAGGAAAAAGUGAAUAUUUCACCCUCUUUCACUUCCAGUUGUCCUGUUCUAGGUGAUGGCUAACACAUCUGGUCCUUUAUGGUUUUCUCAACCAACCUGUCUACUUCCCUUCCCAAAAUUGCAGGAAAAAACUCAGUCCUGUUAACUGGGGAAGGACAGCCCUUCGUGACUCAGGCCGGUUAGAUGAUUUGCUUUUUGCCCCUGUGGGGCAGAAGCCACUUGCCAUACAAACACCUCUGCUCGCAGCUACCCCACCCUAGACUGCAGGACUGGUUCCUCUUGCCAAGAGGGAGACUCAGAGGGCAGACUAGUCCCAUUCUGAAGAGUGCACUGAUGAGCAGCUGGGAUGCUCCAGCUUGCUCUCCUGUCUGCCCCCGCCCCCCGCCAGUCUUUCAAAUCUGAGCCUGGCUGGCCUCCAGAGCGAGAUUGGGAGUGGCAGUGAUCCCGUGCUGGCGAGCAGAGCUGUCUUAGAUGCACCAUCUCUGGGAUUAUCCAGCCACCACGUUCUGGUUGUAGUGACUGAUUUUCUGGCGCCGUGGACCCAGCCCUGGCCCGACUUCGGCCUGAAUUGCAUACUUCCCAGUGGCCUCAUUUUGUUUAAGCCCCACCCCCAAGUGCAGGUAUGAGGAAGGGCUCCUCUUCCUGCCCACAGAGGGCCCUGAUCUUCUGAGCAGCAGACUGGUGCCAGGACAGGAGGCCUCUGAAGCCAUGUCUCACAUAUUUGUGCCUUUAUGAGAGGGUGGGGGCCAGGGAGGAAGCCCAGCGCCCCCCGAGUUCUGUUUUCCUUGGUGAGAUCACUGUACAUGUCAGACUUUUGUAUAUUCCUAAAUGAAUAAACAAAAACGAGAGA